AUGAACUUUUUUAUUCCCAUUUGCCUUCUGACCAGCGCCAUUGCUGCCUCCAUACCGGAGAACAGACUCGCCUGCAAACAGCAAGACGUUGUGUAAGUAUCAGUACGUACGUGAUAACUGAUUAUUCGUGGUUUUCAGUGUGAUUCCCGACGCUUUCGACUACUUUCUGGAGCCAAUGGAACUCUCGUUCGACUCCAGUUUCAGCUUCAACAGCAAGCCAAUCACCCGAAUCAUCGAAGAAGAAUGCGACUUCCGAGACAAGGGUGAGUCUAGAAGAAUUCCAGACUUGUCAGUUCCAAAUAACUUCAAUUUUUCAGAGAUCUUUGUGUGGGGCGACCGUCAGAAAAGAUCGAUUGUCAAAAAAGGAGUCCGUCACCUCGUCAAAAUGCUUCAUCAUCUGUACAAUAACGGAAAGCGGCUGUUCAGGCCAGAGCUCGUCAGAGAAAUCACAAAAGUUCUGGCCAAAGUGAAGCAUCCGAAGGAUGUUCUGAAGAGCAGUGGAAUCACUGGAAUCUUCUCAUUCUGGUAUAACAUUUGGAUGGAUCCCAGCGCAUUCCGAGCAGAAGUGGACACUGCGCACUUUGACGAAAUGCUCGAAAAUGUUCUUCGCGGAAGCAUUCAAAUGCUCAGAAACCAGGGACAUCUGACCGAAAUGCUUCUGAAUCAUCCGAGUGUUUUGUCCAAGAUCAAGAGACGAAUGCCGAUUGAGAACCAGGACUUGCUCUCAAUGGUCGAGGCCUCGAAUGUCGAGUGUCAUCAAGGACAUCGGGACUCUCAAGUGACCAUCUUCCUCAAAUUGAAGAUUCCCAAAGUAAAAAGAGUUUCCGGAGAGAUGGUGAGUCAUCCCAAUUGUUUAUUCCUCAUUCCUUGCUGUUUACAGUGCGAUGAUAUCGGACAGGUCUCCGAGUCGACUUAUCAAUACUACAGCUUGCCAACAUUUACGUUUUCACACAAUGGACAUUAUAAAGUGAACCUCAAAAAGUGCACGAUGGAGGUUAGAAGCGCUGAAUUGCAAUGAACAGAACCCAAUAUCAAAUUCAGAGUUUUCUAUUCUGCCCCAUAACGUCGAUGCUUCCUACCAAGUGUACAAAGGAUUCUGUGGAGUUCUGUGGACUUCCGAAGAAGGAGAAAUUGGAGAAGAACUUCUUCCGGGAGCUCUCCGUCGGUUUUGCUGUUUAUGGCGACUUUAGAGUGAGACAUUCCUCCUUGUUUUUUCAUUUUUAGCUUUUCAUUCUCAGCAAGUCAUCGUGUCAAAAGGAGAGUUCUCAGAUCAAUGGAAAGUUGAUCCGAACGUCCUCUAUCACGUGGUUCCGACGUCCAACGAGACCGUCUUCAUCGGAAAUCAAGUUCUGAAGCAGGAGACGCAAGUGGAUUCAUUUGGCAUGCGCAAAAUUUGA